AGCUCCUCCCCCACGGCUACACCUGUCAUGUCCCUGGGCCAAUUUCAGUCAUUUCUCGAGAGAUGAGGACGAGGGGUGUGUGUGUGUCCCUGCCAGAACCGAUGAUGGCCGACCAGCCUCUCUCGCCGCCAUCCGACCAGCCGCUGACAAAGUUCCCCCACGCCGGCCUCCCCAGGAAGAAAGAAGCCCUGGGAGACGGCCUGCAGGCCAGGGGCCAGUGGGCCAGCAAGGCCGAGUUCCUCCUGGCGGUGGCCGGGCAAAUCAUUGGGCUGGGCAACGUCUGGAGGUUUCCCUACCUCUGCUAUAAAAACGGAGGAGGUGUGUUUUUUGUCCCCUACCUGCUGUUCCUGGUGCUGUGUGGCGUCCCCCUGUUCCUCCUGGAGACCUCUCUGGGUCAGUUCACCAGCUUGGGAGGGGUCAGUGCCUGGAGAACCAUUUGCCCCUUAUUUGGAGGUCUCGGCUAUGCUAGCCAGGUGAUGAUUCUGCACGGUUGCGUCUACUACAUCGUCAUCCUGGCCUGGGCCCUCUUCUACCUGUUCUACAGCUUCCAGGCCGAGUUGCCGUGGUCGCACUGCAACAACACGUGGAACACGGACGCGUGCUUCUUGUUCGAUAAAUACAACCAGACUGCAAACGUGACCAGCUUGCCUGUGAACGCCACCUCCCCGGUCAUGGAGUUCUGGGAACGGGAAGUGCUCCGCCUGUCAGGAACUUUAGAUGAGCUGGGCCCGGUCAGCUGGAAGCUGGCUCUGUGUCUGGCCGUCGUCUGGCUCGUCUGCUACUUUUGUGUCUGGAAGGGCGUGAAGUCCACCGGAAAGGUGGUGUACCUGACGGCCACCUUCCCAUACAUCAUGCUGCUUGUGCUGCUGGUGCGCGGUGCCACGCUGCCUGGAGCGACCCAGGGCAUCAUUUACUACCUCAAACCCAACAUCACCCGCCUGGCUGACCCUCAGGUAUGGAUGGAUGCUGGUACCCAGAUAUUUUUCUCUUAUGGAAUCUGCUUGGGAAGUCUCACAGCCUUGGGCAGUUACAACAAAUACAACAAUGACUGCUAUAAGGACUCCUUCAUGCUGUGCCUCCUGAACAGCAGCACCAGCUUCCUGGCCGGUUUCGCCAUCUUCUCUGUUCUGGGCUUCAUGGCUGAAGAACAAGGCGUUGACAUAGGCGCCGUGGCUCAGUCAGGACCCGGUCUUGCCUUCAUCGCCUACCCGAGAGCCGUCGCCAUGAUGCCGGUUCCUCAGCUCUGGGCCGUCUGCUUCUUCCUCAUGAUCAUCAUGCUGGGUCUCGACACGCAGUUUGUGAGCCUGGAGGCUCUCAUGACUUCGGUGACGGACCUGUAUCCCCACGUGAUCCGGCGCGGAUACCGCAGAGAGCUGCUGCUGCUGCUGGUGUGCGUUGUUUGCUUCCUGAUUGGGCUGGUUAUGGUCACACCGGGUGGUCUCUUUGUGUUCCAGAUCUAUGACCACUUUUCCUGCAGUGGAGCCAGCUUGCUGCUUCUCUCCAUCUUCCAGUCUCUGGCCAUCGGCUGGGUCUACGGAGCCGAGCGUUUCAGUGGCAACAUCAGAGAUAUGACGGGCUACAGCCCCCUGCCUGUCUUCAAGCUGUGCUGGAAGUACCUGACUCCAGCCGUGUGCACUGCUACCUUCAUUUUCUCCCUGGUGCGUUGGUCUCCGCUGAGCCUGGGGAAAGGACUGGUGGCUCCGGUCUGGGCCACCACGCUCGGCUGGAUCCUGACCCUGUCCUCGGUUUCCCUGCUCCCCAUCUGGGCCGUGUACGCGCUGGUCACCACUCCGGGAUCUCUGCCGCAGCGCUUCCAUCGCCUCUGCACCCCUGCAGAGAAGUCGUCUAUGGCCUUCCAGCACCUCUCCACCAACGGCUCGGCGCUGACCUACAGCCCCGUGGUGUCUCUCGGCGGGAAUCAGCAAAUUAUAGAGCUCCUCCCAGAAAAGAAGACAUGACGAUAACGAACACUUUGUGGGACUGUAUGCUGCUCAGCCAAUCAGGUGUGCCGAACAGAACAACUGAUCACAACAGAAGACUGUAUUUCAAAACAAUGUUAAAGGAGAAAUGUUAUAAUUUACCAAAGAAACUCCGGAGUCGACAGUUUGGAAGAAUUAUCAGAGCGUCAGACCCUAAACUGGGAUAAAACUUGACCGGCUGUUCAGAUCAGCCACAGUUCCUGUUCCUCCCCACCAGAGUUGGUCUUUUCCAUACAAAAACAGCAAACACUCCUGAAUCUUAACCGUUUUUGUCUCCAUACUUGCUAACAUAGCUUUUCAUCUAAUUUUACAGUUUAGUCGCUGUACUUGAGGACCAUGUAACAACAACCCCGAGAGACGUUCCCUUCGUUUGGCAGCAGCACUCAGUCCUCAGCUACACUAUACUCUCUAUGAGAGACUCGGAGAGUGUUAGCAUGUCUGCUGAAAUGACUCCAUGAGUCAGACAUGUGAUGUCAGAUGAUUUAUCUGGACAUUUCUUGAAUUUCUCAUCCAAACCAAGUGGAGUUAAUACUUGAGUUGCGUCCACUAAAUGCCACUUUUGCUGCCAAGCUCUCCAGCUUGCUGCAAACACUUAAACGACAACAAAUCUGACCUAAACAUAGUUUGCAUUAGUUUUGCAUUUUCGGUAUUUCUGUACAAACAGCAUAGAUGAUCUUUUAGUGGGUGUCUCCAGAAUAAAAACUUUAGUAUAUUUCUUUCAACUAUUGCAAGCAAUAAUAAACUGAACAUAAGCUGGGAGAUGUAGUCAUAUUAAUUAAAGAUGAAACGAGGGUUGCCGAAAUGCUUUCCUGCUUAUUUGAAAGAUCGAAAUUAACAACUAGUCAAACAGGUCAACAUUUUCAAAUCAUAAUAGAGUAUAUCUUCUUGGAAGGUCUCUGCAAACCUCGUUUAAAUUAGUUUUUAAAAAACUACUGCUGCUUCAAAGAAGAAAAAAAAAGAACUAUACAAUAUUGUUUAAUGUGUGCACCAAAUGUUUAAGUUUUUCUGUUAUGAUUCUUUUUUUAAGCCUGUAUUGUAUAGUGUUUCAGUGAUGUCAGGUGAAUAAGGAGGCUUAAAAAAGCAAUUGUAAGGAUGAAGGAGUAAAGUUACAGCUUGAACAUGCCUAUAAUUAUUAGCAUUAAAUUUCCAAGAGUGAAGUUUGCAAAGUUUAUUAUAUUUUUAAAAUGAUAUAGUAUUUAGUGCUCUAGAUUUAAUGCCCAAAGAGAUUUGUUUCUUGUUUUAUUGUCACAGUUUUAUGUUUUUAUAAAGUUUUCAAUUGAAAUUUCUUUCUAAAAGAAGAAUAAAACAAAUGUUGCAUAGCACACGAUGCAAAAAAUCAAAGUUAAGUUAAUUUCAAGCUGAUCUCAAGAAAUUCUAUAGUUUUUAUACUUUGCUGAAAUAAAUAAUGUUUUCCUGUUAGAAUAUAUUGCAUACAUUUGUGAGAAUAUUCCACUUUCUCUCUUAAAUCCUAUAAAUUCUGCAAACAUACUGAAGUGUUUUUUUCUCUUUUUUUAACAAAUGCUCUUCUAAGCCUUCAAAGUCAACAUCAGUAUAAGAAUAUUUUAUUAGAAUAUUAUAGUGUCUCUCAACAGUGUGACAAAAAAAAUCAAACCAUUAGAAAUCAUUUUAAAACUACUGCACACAAAACUUCAGAUUUAUCCAAUUUAACCGGCAAACAAACAUGUUAAAGGGAAAAUAAAAAACUAAAUUUUCCCUUUCACCUUACCUUUAGAUUCAUGCUUAAAACUUUGUUUUGUGUCAAUUUGACCCUUUGCGAUAGUUCAGCUAAAAGAUGGAAAUGUCAGAAACAUCUUUUCUAAAACUCCUAAUCUUUGGUGAACUCUAGAAGACAAAAGCUGCUUCAAGAAGGUGCAAAUUUAUCCACUGAGGCUGUUUCUGCUUUUUAUUAUUGCAUAUUUUUGUCCUUCAUUAGAUUUGUCCCCAUUUAACUGCUCAGGACAUACAACAAAAUCUAAAUUGAAAAUGUUUGAAAUACUCAUCAAUUCAGUUGUGUACACUUUUGAGAGACACUCUGUGACAGAAUGAGAAUGUAAACAUGAAGAAUUACUGAAACUAUUUCAUAUUUCUGUUCUGCUCUUUAAUGUCUGCCCUGAUAAACAGCAAGUUUUUGUUUUGUUUUGUUUUUUUGUUGUUGAUGAUGUUAUUUCUCAUGUAAAUGUGUGUAGGUUUAUACAGUCAGACAUGCUUUAAUAAUUCACUAUGGGUUUCCAGAUCAGCUUCCUGUUCUGUAAGUCCGGGACAAAAUGUACUGUACACCAUGAUCGCUUGUUUACAUCUCUGAAAUCAAGUGGAAUAGAAGCAUUUCAUGACCGGGUGUGAUGUUUUAAACAUGUAAGAGGACAUGUGAGCAAACUUAGAAGCUGUCUGUCUAACCAAAUUUUUAUGCCUUUGCAUCAACUAAUCCAGUUGUUAUCAUCUGUGUUUACAGCUGUGCCUCUUUUGUUCUCUUCUGAAUCAAUAUAUACUGAUUGUGGAGAAAAGGGUCCAUUAUGCCUGUUUGUUUCCAGACGAGUGUCAAGCUGUGUGAAA